UAACACUCAAGGAUAUUAUUAUUCUUAUUAAUUUAGUAAUUGUACAACACUGCCAUAAAAUUAACAGUGUUGAUAUUGUACAACUAACUUAAUGAUGCACUAAAAUAUAAUAAAAAUACAGACUUAGCACAUAUUCCAACAAACUAAAUUGAGAAUUUUUGAAUCAUAAUAUUAUAUUUUUUAAUAUCUACUAAUAGUAAUAGUACUAAUGUAGUAUUGUAACCUGUAAGCAGCACUUAGAUUUCAAGCCUAACGAGUCUUACUAAAAGUUGAUUGUUUAUUUAUUUGGUAGUUAUGAUAUAUAUGAUAAAUUAACAUUUUUUUACUCUUUCUGCUAAAAAUAAAAUGGGAGGUGUCAUUAAAGCUAAAAGUAACAGUCCUAUACCUAUUACUAUUAGAACUAAGACAUUGAAUACAUAGUAUUUUUAGCAUACCAAUAAGAUUAGCUACUGCAUAGCAUAGUAGUUAUUCCAGAGCAGUAUGCUUAGUUUCUUAAAUAUAUAUAUCGAUACUGUAAUUAAUUCUGUAAGUUGUAAUGUGCCUGUUAAGAUUUAGUUUAAGAAAAUUAACAUAAUUAAUUGUGUGAAAUUUUAAGUUUAAAAGGAAAGGAGUCUCACCAUAAAGAUAUUUAAAACAGCAAACAGGAGUUUUGAAAAAUGGGUAACUGUUUAAAAUCAUUUGGAUCAGAUGAUAUCUCUCUAUUGCGAGAAAACAAUAGCACUAGUACAAGAGAAUCAUCCACUGAUCAUGUUGAACUUCCACCAUCAUACCAGGAAAGCAUAUCAGUUCCAGUGUAUUAUCCUUCUCCUAAUGUGAGUCGCCCAGCAUCUCAACUAACAGAAGAAGAACAAAUUAAGAUAGCUCAACGUAUUGGGCUCAUUCAACAUCUACCAACUGGAUUCUAUGAUGGUAGCAAGAAAACCAGAGAGUGUGUAAUCUGUAUGGGAGAAUUUGUCAUUGGAGAUGCUGUAAGAUAUCUACCUUGCUUACAUACCUAUCACACGGUUUGUAUUGAUGACUGGUUAAUGCGCUCGUUUACUUGUCCAUCUUGCAUGGAACCUGUAGAUGCAGCUUUGCUAACUACAUAUCAGACUAAUUGAAUUGGCAUCAUGAUUAGGAAGGAGAUGAGUACAUGUGUUGUUUACCAGUUGUACUCUUUUGAAAGGAGAACUUGACCCAAGUCUUGGGUCUAACUUUUUAAAUAAAAAAAGAAUUUUCAUGCAGAUGCAGUAACAAUUGCUUAAGGAAGUUAGAAUUGUUAGUUAUUCACAUUGAGGUAAUAACGUGUUUGGUUCUUAUGGGUGAUACCAUAAUAUGUAUCAGGACCUGUUGAACCAUAGGUAGACUUGAAAAACUAGUCUGACAACUUCCAAUUUUUACAUAAUUGACUAAGGUCUCUGGAAUUUAUGAAAUCUAAACUAGUAUAUGCUAAAUGUUAAUCUUUGUACACGACUUGCAUCUCAGUUAAUGGCCUAGUUAUGGAAUGUUUUACAUAUAACGUUGAAGUAAAGUAUGUGUUUUGUAAAUGAAGUACCUUACGUAGUAUAUGAUGUUAGACUACACACUUGUUCACCAAUGAACACUUUUGAACAAAUUGUUUUUGCUUUUUUGUAUGUGGGCCGAGGAAUGCCCAGUGGUUAGCAUGCCAGAUAGUGAAGCUGAGGUUCCAUGGUUCAUGUCCUGUUACAGUGAAAAAAAAAAAAGAAAAAGUUAUACUCCACAUUUUGAAGCUGUGAGUGAAAUAUCAGUUUAAAAGUCAAAUCCCACUUUUGGGUUUGACAAGAGUUGACAGUGGUUCGUGUUGACUAUCUGCCUUCCCACUAGUCCGCUACUUCAAAAUCAAGGACAGCUAGUUGAAAGUCAAAUCCCACUUUUGGGUUUGACAAGAGUUGACAGUGGUUUGUGUUGACUAUCUGCCUUCCCACUAGUCUACUACUUCAAAAUCAAGGACAGCUAGUUGAAAGUCAAAUCCCACUUUUGGGUUUGACAAGAGUUGACAGUGGUUUGUGUUGACUAUCUGCCUUCCCACUAGUCUACUACUUCAAAAUCAAGGAC